GAAAAUCUUUAUCGGACGAUGAAUUUUCAGCAUUUAUUAGUCAGACAAUUUUGCAUUUUUCAACAGGGUCGUGCACGACGUCGUCGACGCGCUACCCCCCACGAUCACGAACACUUCGCCGAGAAGUAGGUUGUCCGAAGACCACGACACCUUAAGAAAGCCAAGAUGUCUACUGCUUCCGUUGAUCGUAAUCCGAGUGGUCCCUUCCUGUCGUGGUUUGCUGGCACGGAAAAGGACAUCACGGCGCUACAGGAGAUGCAGCAGCAGGUUGAUCAAGGUCCUACCGGUACGAGUACAACAGCAAGCGAAGAUCAUGGUGUGGAUUUCAUGUCGCAAACAAUUUCAACCACCACCACCGUCACCGCCCCGAACAACACCGGUCUUCGGAUUUUCCAGCUCAUCGUCGCGAUCGUGAUCUUCGUAUGCAUUGCAAAAGUAUCGUACUAGUAGAAAUCGCAUGACAAAUUCACGCAGCAUGAGAAAUGGAGUUCGUCAUGCUGUUUUGCCUUGGGAUCGAGAUUUGUAAUGCAUGACUGCGAUUACUACGAGUACGAUACUUUUGCACAGGAUACUUCGUUCUCUCCAUGGGCUCGGCGAUUUUCCGCGUUCGCUACGCCACGAAGGUUUGUAAGCAGUCCAUAAUUGACUUAUGCAACGUGUGCGCCGCCGGCAUGUUUCUGGGGAUGGCCUUUAACCACUUGCUGCCAGAAGCGAUGGAGCUGGCUCCGGAGUUGAAGAACCCGAAACUGAACAUCGUCGGUGUGGGCGGGUUUGCUGGUAUAAGUAGGAGGUUUGUUUUUUUUUGAGCUACGCUCUGAAUUUGUCAUUCGUCUAGCCAUUUUUGCAUAUGCAUGUUGGUAUUGGAUUGCAUCUUUGAAGAAAACCUGAUGCGCGUCGGAGUAGUACAUGUUGACCCCUGAAAAGUUCACUCCCGUUGCUAGGUUACAUGCUGAUCCUGUUCUGCGAGCGCGUCAUCGGGUCUCUUGGAAAGACGCAAGAGAGUGAGCACCAGAAGCUGAAACAAAGAAUCACAUCGAAGAGUGUGCUGUGCGAUUGCGAGUAUGGGGAGGACGAUAAUGCAGCACGAUACCACGGACACGGACAUGGUGACUUUUCAUUAACAAACAUGGAACAAAACAACGGAUACCCGUGUGCCGCAGUUUCAAACGAAGAUCCGGAAUACAACUGUCCUGCAGGAGGAGGGGCAAACGAAGGAGGUUUGGCGAUGCAACCAACAGCGUCAACUACCGGAGUAGUGUCUACAACUUCCUGCACCGACAAAAACUGCACUGUCGAUAGUACAGUAUCAGUAUUGAAGAACAACAGCUGCUCCAAAACACCGUCACUCCCACUCUUGACCGAGGACCAAAACGCGGUGAAAGUAGAGGCUCCAGGAGACGAGCUACAAUUAUGUACGGACCAAGACUGCCCGGACAUAAACGCCACGAAGUGCACGGGGGAUGAGAACUGUCCGGAGUUGUUGGAAAACAAGAACGAUCCAAGACGGAUUUCGGUCUCGGAAGUAGAUUGCCGCGAUGUCACCGGACCAGCGAAAGUAGCAGGAACAACAAAUACAAAUAGCAAAACCUCACCGGCCUGUGCCGGCUCCUCGACGUCCUCUGGGGCGAGUGGCAGCUCUUCAGGGAAAUCUAGUUGCGACCACGAGGACUGUGCAGGAGGACCAUCAUCUUCUACCUCACAGCCGUCCCAUGGGCACGGCCACGGUACUGCUAUUGCUUACGGUUCCUCUGCUACUCCACUACCUCCUUCAUCGCACCACCACAACCGCCACAGCCACUCCUCGGACCACCACGACAGUGAAGAUCAUCAUCAGCACGACUAUGGAAAAUCGAUGAAAAAAGGCGGCAAGGGCGCGUACAUCAUGAUGCUGGCCCUGUCCGUCCACUCCGUCUUUGAGGGGAUUGUAAUCGGCAUAGCGCGAAACUUCCGAACCGCGGCAAUGGUCUCCCUCUGCGUGGUGGCGCACAAGUGGGCCGCGGCGUUCGCGAUCGGCACGGCGUUCGCCACCGCGAACGUACAGCCGGAGUCGAAGAUCUACAAGUUUGUGUCCAUUUUCGCGAUUUCCAGUCCAGUGGGCAUUUUGAUCGGGAUCCUGAUCAGUGAAAUCGCAUUGGAUUCGUUACAGGGCUGCACCUAUGCUGGUGAGGAAAAGUAAGUAUAAUCGCGCUUGUAUUCGUGGUACGGGUUCUUCUUCUUGUAAUGUAUGACUCAGUUCUCUUCCGCUUUCUGACGUGAAUCUACUGUCAGACAAACUUGUACUUGGCGCUCCCUUUUGCAAAAAUAAGAAUUUGUCAUGCUGUUUCUACCAUAGCGCGAUAUUACAUUUGCAAUGCAUAGCACGAAUGCGAUCGCCGCGGGGACGUUGUUGUACAUCAGCAUGUCGGAAUAUGGAAGCGUCAGGUUUGAAAUCGACAAAGUUGAAAUGAUUUGCCAUGCAUGAAAUGCAAUGCAUCAAGCGCCUGUCGUGCCGGGAUGGCAAGUGAGGCAGAUUGUGAGCCUAUUUAGGGUUGGGGAUAGAGCUGCUAAAGGAGCAUGACAAAAGCAGUCUUCUGUGCCCAAACAGCAUGACAAAUUGGAUUCCGGUGCUCUGCAAAUUUGUCAUGCGCCGCUUAGAAAUUGGUCUUCCGACUGGUAUCCAUUUUAUGCAUGACAAAUCAUUUCAACUUUGUCGAUUUCAAACCUGACGCUUCCAUACGGAAGUGAUCCCGGAAGAGUUCGUUCUGACCACGCAGCCUUUGUUACGGUUCUUUUCCUUGUGUCUCGGGUAUUCGGUGAUUGUUGGGGUGCAGAUGCUGGAUACGGAUUGACGAGAAAAAAGAAUGGAGGAUUCUGGCGAUGCAGCUGGCGCUGAUGUAGAAUGUGUUUGCACUUACUUAUUUCUCAGAGCCGAAGUCAAGGCUUUUGCCUCCAUUUGCUUCAGAGACAUUUCUAUGCUAUUUUGCGAAUCCCGCACUGUAAUUUGAUUUUGGUAAGCAGAAGUACUAGCAAGUAGAGGACUUCUAAACAAGGACCAUUGAUGUCAUAAACUAUUCUUGAGUGGCUAUGUUCACCCAAAAUCAAAAAGCUUACGCCAUGCUCGAAAGAAGUAAACUGAUACCAUCCAUCAGCACUGCAACGUCAAUGACUGUACGCAUCUUUACUCGAAGUGGUUCCAAAACGAACAGCAGAAGGUGUUGUAAAUCUGCACUGGUGACAUUCUGAUGAGUUUCAAAGGCACAGUCUCACUCACUCCGGAAGGUAAAACUUGAGGUUCAUCAACAGACUUGGAACAUUCUCAU